GGCCAUUAGUAGGCCUUUUCACGUCGGUAGGACGCGGCGUGCACUGAUAAGCCGCUUAUGCGUACUUGCCGGAGUGGGAGCCAACUGCUUGCUGCGUUUACGGCCUGCACCCGACGUCAGACUGUGUUAACCCAAAGCAGCGCAGUUAGAAAGCACCAUAACACUUUUGACUCGGUUGCCGCUGAGAUGGCCUCGACGACCGCCGCCGCGCCUGAGGGCGCUAAGGAGAACCGCGCGCGUCGCGACCUGCUGCUGAGCAUCCAGGCGCAGGCGCAGAAGCAGUGGGAGGAUGAGAAGGUCUUCGAGGCGGAUGCUCCCGUUGACGGCGACCGCCCCAAGUUCUUUGGUAACUUCCCCUACCCCUACAUGAACGGCCUGCUGCACCUGGGGCACGCCUUCUCGCUCUCCAAGCUUGAGUUCAAGGCUGCCUAUGAGCGGCUGAGCGGCAAGAACGUGCUGUUCCCGCAGGCCUUCCACUGCACAGGCAUGCCCAUCAAGGCCUGCGCUGACAAGUUGGACCGCGAGCUCACCACCUUCGGCUGCCCGCCCGUGUUCCCCUCGGAGGAGGCGCCAGCGGAGGAGGAGGCGGCUGACGGCGCUGCCGCCCCCGCCCCCGGCGCCCCCGAGGCCAAGGCCGACCCGACCAAGUUCAGCGGCAAGAAGAGCAAGGCGGCCGCCAAGAAGGGCUCCGGAACCACGCAAUGGCAGAUCCUCAAGCAGAGCGGCAUCCCGGAGGAGCAGAUCCCCGACUUCAGGAACUCCGCGCACUGGCUGAACUACUUCCCCCCCCUGGCCGCCCGCGACAUCCGGUCCAUGGGCUGCGGGGUGGACUGGCGCCGCUCCUUCAUCACCACCGACGUCAACCCCUACUACGACUCCUUCGUGGCCUGGCAGUUCUGGACGCUGUACCGGGCAGGCAAGGUCAUCAAGGACAAGAGGUACGCCGUGUACUCCCCCCUGGACGGCCAGCCCUGCGCCGACCACGACCGCGCCUCCGGGGAGGGGGUGGGGCCGCAGGAGUACACGCUCAUCAAGAUGCAGGCGCUGGAGCUGAACGGCAAGCUCUCCGCCCUGGCGGGUGCGGGCCCCGUCUACCUGCUUGCCGCCACCCUGCGCCCCGAGACCAUGUACGGCCAGACCAACUGCUGGGUGCUGCCGGAGGGGCAGUACGGAGCCUUCCGGGGGCUGAACGGGGAGGUGUGGAUCUGCACGCAGCGGGCGGCACUCAACCUGUCGUACCAGGAGCGCACCCCUGUUCGCGGGCAGCCCGAGCUGCUGCUGGAGCUGAGCGGCUCCGACCUGAUCGGCACGCCCGUGUCCUCGCCGCACUGCCCGCACCCGCGCGUGUACGUGCUGCCGCUGCUGACCAUCCUGACCAACAAGGGAACCGGGGUGGUCACCUCCGUGCCCUCAGACUCGCCGGAUGACUACACGGCGCUCAUGGACCUGAAGAAGAAGCCCAAGCUGCGUGAGAAGUACGGCGUCAAGGACGAGUGGGUGAUGCCCUUCGAGGUCAUCCCCAUCAUCGACAUCCCGGGCUUUGGAAACAUGGCGGCGGUCAAGGUGUGCGAGGACAUGAAGAUCGGCAGCCAGAACGACACCGCCAAGCUGGCGGAGGCCAAGCAGCAGGUCUACCUCAAGGGCUUCACCGACGGCGUCAUGCUGGUGGGUCCGCACGCGGGUCGGCGGGUUGCGGAGGCCAAGCCGCUCAUCCGCGAGGAGAUGCUGGGUGCGGGGGCGGCGCUGCUGUACAGCGAGCCGGAGCGGCAGGUCAUCAGCCGCAGCGGGGACGAGUGCGUGGUGGCGCUUACGGACCAGUGGUACAUGACGUACGGCGAGGAGGAGUGGGCCGCCGCCACGCGGGAGGCGCUGCAGCGGAUCGAGACCUACAGCGACGACACGCGCGCGCAGUUCCAGUUCUGCCUGGGCUGGCUGCAGCAGUGGGCCUGCAGCCGCUCCUUCGGCCUGGGCACCCGACUUCCUUGGGACCCGCAGUACCUCAUCGAGUCGCUCUCCGACUCCACCAUCUACAUGGCCUACUACACCGUGGCGCACAUCCUGCAGAAGGGAGACAUGUACGGCAAGGACACGGGCGGCCCCGUGGCGCCCCAGCAGCUCACGCCCGAGGUGUGGGACUACAUCUUCCUGGGCAAGGAGGCGCCGCGCGACUGCGCGAUUGCGCCCGAGGUGCUGGCGGCCAUGCGGCGGGAGUUUGAGUACUGGUACCCCUUUGACCUGCGGGUCAGCGGCAAGGACCUCAUCCAGAACCACCUCACCUUUGCGCUGUACAACCACACCGCCGUGUGGGCGGCCGACGCCUCCAAGUGGCCCCGCGCCAUCCGCUGCAAUGGGCACCUGCUGCUCAACAGCGAGAAGAUGAGCAAGAGCACCGGCAACUUCAAGACGCUGCAUGAGGCCAUUCUGGAGUACUCCGCUGACGCCAUGCGCUGGGCGCUGGCGGACGCGGGUGACGGGCUGGAUGACGCCAACUUCGAGACCUCCACCGCCAACGCCGCCAUCCUGCGAAUCACAAAGGAGCUCACAUGGAUCGAGGAGUGCCUGGCGCCGGGGUCAGGCCUGCGCGAGGGCCCCUCCGACGCGCUGCUGGCUGACCGGGUGUUCUCCAACGCCAUCGACGUUGCCAUCGCCGCCACGCGGGACGCAUUCGAGCGCAUGGCCUUCAGGGAGGCACUCAAGGCGGCGGCGUACGAGCUGGGGAAUGCACGCGACGUGUACAGGCUGGCCUGCGGCCCCGACGGCAUGCACCGGCAGCUGGUGAUGCGGUUCAUCGAGGUGUCCACACUGCUGCUGCUGCCCUUCACACCGCACACCGCGGAACACGUCUGGCGCAACCUGCUGAAGCGCGAGGGUGCCGCGGUGACCGCCGGCUUCCCCGCCGGCAGCCCGCCCGACUCCAUCCUGCAGCGCGCGGGCGCCUACAUCGAGGACCUCAUCCCCACCCUGCGCAAGGCCAUUGCCAAGGCGGAGGCGCCACCCAAGAAGAAGGGACCCGGACCCGCGGUGCCGCCCCCCCGUGUCGCCUCCCUGCAUGUAUUCGUGUCGGAGCGUUUCGUCGGCUGGCAGGAGCGGGUGCUGGGGGCGCUGGCUCCCCGCUUCGACGCGCGCACCCGCACCUUUGCGGCGGACACCAACGCGUCGGUGCUGGAGGCGGCGAAGCAGGACCCCGCGCUGUCCUCGCUGGCUGACAAGCAGCUGAAGCAGGCCGUCAUGCCCUUCGCCAAGUUCAAGAUGGAGGAGGCGGCGGCGGCGGGAGCGCAGGUGUUGGAUGUGAAGCUGCCCUUCUCCGAGGUGGACAUCGUGCAGCAGUCGCUGCCGUACCUGCUGCGCGCGCUCAAGCUGGAGGCGCUGCAGGUGCACCUGGUGACCGACCCGGGGGUCGGCGAGCUGGCGGCCAGUGUGCGGGCCGACCCGGCGGGGGCCUACCCGGGCAGCCCCGUGUUCGGGUUCGUCAUGGAGGCGGCGCCGGCGGCGCAGUAGUAGGAGGAGUGGGGUUAGGGGGUGUGAGGUGUCGUAGGUGGUGGGAGGGAGGAGGAGCUUGGAAGCUAGGAGGGAGGGGGCUAGGGUGUGAGGGAGGUGUGACUACUCGCAAGGGGUCUGGGGGACUUUUCCGAGGCGGGGAGUGAUUGGGCUUGGGUUGGGAGAUUUCCUGUGUAUGUACAUAUGCCAUGAAUACAAGUGGCCGAGGCUGCGGAGGGGGGCUGACGUGUUGGGGUGUGCAGCUCAGCGCAGGCGGACAUCACACGCGCGGGUCAUUGCUUGUGAUGAGGCAAUGGUGAGGAUCCUUGAUGCGACUACCUAGCACCC